UUUGGCUAAAAGGUGAGAAGUGAGAACCCCCAAUUCUCUUGUCCUAAAACGACACCGGUUCUCUCGUCUUUCUGUUUCUCCCAGAAAGCGACAACUCCAUCUCUUCCACCAGAAAAUUAGGAAAAAAAAAUGUUGGGACGAGAGAAGUAAGAUGUUUUUGAUUGGGAAUCAUCUGCCAAGGAUCAAUAGUUAUUCAAAAACUAUGUUGCCCUCUGAUGGGGUUGGAUGUAUCUUUAAGUAAAGUAAAAUGUCAUCUAAAACAUUGGAUUUGUUCCUUCUAAUUCAUAGGUUUCAUCUUCUUAUGUGGAAGGAAUUGCUUGACAGACUCUAGCAAAAAGAAGCAUCAGAAGUCGGGGUCUUUAUCGCAUUGUCUACAUGGCUAUGUAUAUACGUGUUAAACGCAGUAAGACAACCUACUUUCUACAGUGUGAUCCAACUGAGACAAUUCUAGAUGUUAAGCAGAAAUUGCAUACCCUCAUUGAUCAACCAAUCAAUGAUCAGCGUUUGAUCUUAGUAGGAACUGGGGAAAUAUUAGAUGAUUCCAAAACGUUGGCAGAUCAGAAGGUCGAAAAUGAUGCUGUUGUGGCACUGACAUUGAGAAAAGAUGACAAUGAAUUUGAGGAUGUCAACAUCGUGCGGCCAAAUGAUGAUUUCUAUCAGUCUCGUGAUCCAGAUGGCAGUUGGUAAGCCGGGAAAUCGCCUGAAACAACUCAGUUUCAGUAUACAAUCAGCUAAAGCAAGUUGUUCGUGUAUGAAGUUGAUGAGGACUUCCAUUCUCAACAUUCUGAAAUUAGCUAAAACCUUCUCAUGUAUGAAUCAUAACUUUUCCUGAACAUGACUCUUGAACUUGGAUUGGUUUGUGCUUUUGUUAUAUUUUGUUUCUUUUGGUAUGAAGUAGACUGAGAGGUCAGCAUAUGGAUUGAAACUUUGUCGAUGAAUACUCUGAACUGAACAUCCAUUCAAUAAAUAAAGGAGCUAGCUAGCAUGCUGAACUAUCAUUUUCAUA